AUAUAUCCCUUAGCUUUCGAGUAGCUAUAAAACGUAGUUUACCAUGAGGUUUAGGUCUUGGGUCACUGAUCUGACCUUGAUCGUAUUGCACCUACGCCGCCUUCAGCCCCAUCGAAACCCCCCUCCUUUUCACUCCUGCCACAUAAAUUACUCGCGUUGUAUCUCUCUCAGCUUUGCUAAGUCUUUUUUUAGUGUGGGAUGCUCUCUGAAAAGAGUAUUAAAUGGCUCUGAACCGACGGUUUGUCGGCAAAGAGGUAAGGCAGCUUGAAUUUCUUCAAGAUUCCGUGGUUCAUAUUCGGUGCUUGGAAGCUUUCUCGAGCAUGUGAAAUGGGGACAAAGGCUUCUAUUUGGUGUGGGGGGCUGUCGACGAAAGCGUACUCGAGCAGUA